AUGUCUUCCAUUGCUACCCCUAAGAUUCAUAAAAUGGGUAAUAAUACUCCUUCUGCUGUCGUUGAUAGCACGCCUUGGAUGCAGCCAUCAUCAACUGCCAUGACAGAUCACUACUACUCAUCCUCCUCAAACACAUCUCCCUUGCUGAAUUCGUCGGACAAUGACAAUCUGUAUCUGCCUGAAUCCAACACAAAAUCCCACAGAAGCCGUACAUCUACCAGCGACAUGUGCGUAGAAAAGAACACGGAAGGGAAGCCACCAUACUCAUACGCGACAUUGAUCAAGUAUGCUAUUGAACGUAGUGCUGAAAACAAACUGACUCUGAGUCAAAUCUAUCAAUGGGUCAUUGAUCAUUAUCCCUAUUAUGGAUCUGCAGGAUCUGGCUGGAAGAACUCUAUCCGUCACAAUCUCUCCCUCAACAAGAGCUUUGUUCGUGUGCCCCGUCCUGUGAAUGAGCCAGGCAAGGGGUCUUAUUGGACUGUAGAUCAAUUUGCAGUGGAUACUGAGCAAAGAGUCAGAUCGAAUGUACGUGGACGCUCCAGCAGAUCCAGCAGCGACACAUCUCUACACCACCAUCGAAACAGCAAUGAUCCUUGGUUACUUGGUGUUGGCCUCAGACAUGGCCGUGAUGGUAGAUCUCUCUCCACCGAUGCAGGCAACCCAUCUUGUUCAUCUUCCUCGUCUUCCUCAUCUGCCGCCGCCGCCGCUGCUGCUGCUGCUGCUGCUGCUGCUUCUGCUGCUGCUGCUAGCGCAUCGGGUCCUGCUGGUACUGGCGGACUCGUGCGACGAGUGUCUGGCACAUCCCGGUAUGGAUACUACAGCCAUCCGUACGUUGGCUAUGGCGAUAUGAACCAGACAACCAGCUACACUGGGGGGUAUUCCAAUUACCAUUAUCAGCAACCACAGCAACGAAUGCCCUCACAUGAAACGCUUUUAUCUGCUCGUCAACAUUCCUCUGUAACUUAUAGUCUACCUGCUACUGCCACAACUACCAAUCAAUCUUGUCCAAAUAACUUCUCAAACAACACAAACAACAAUAAUAUGUAUUCUUUAAAUAACUCGAUGCAUCACCAGCAACAGCCAUUUUAUUCUCAUCGUCAAUCUUGCCCAGACUUGACUAGCAUCUCUACUCAUUCUGAAACAAAUAUGCUUCCAAAUUUUAAUACGGCCUCUGCAGCAGCAGCAGCAGCAGCAGCAGCAGCAGCAGCAUCUGUAUCCUGUCCCAACACCUACAACACCGCACCAUCAUUCUACGUGAACGAGUCGCCCUCAGCCGCUUCAACCAAAUUCAUCUCAUCCGGUUCUACAUCGCCAUGUCUAGUCAAGGGGAGAUCAUCUCAGCAACCGGUUGUUUAUUUUGAUACGACCAAAGAUGUUGGUGUUACCCAUUCUGAUGUUGGUCUUGCCACUGCCACGACGAAUACGUCUAGUGCAACCAGUCAUGGUUUACCCGCUGGCCUGCCUUCUCCCGUGUUAUCCUCAGGCACCUCGCCUUCUUCUUCGCAACAUCUGUCGGUGGCAGAUCCACUCUCCAUGGUAACACAACAACAACAUCAACAACACCCUUCACCCGUGACAACAACAUCAGUAGCAACUUCUGUUACCCCUGGAAAUAGAUUGGCACCAUCUUAUUUCUCAUUGGUAUCCACCUCAUCUCCUACGGAUGCGACAACAUCCAAAGAAGAGUGUCUGACUUCACCAUCCUCGCCGCUUGUCAUGACAGAUCUAUAG